AUGAGUGGUGAUGAUGAUACAUAUGACAAUAAUGACUAUGAUGAUGAUAUUGUCGAUGAUGUAGACAAUAAUAUAGAUGACAAUGAUAAUGACAAUGAUGACUUUAUUGAUCGUUUGAUAAAUGAUAUUGGAUCAGAUAAAGAUGAUGGUACAACUGGUGGUCGACAUGUUGGUCCUGUAUCAUCACUCAUUCAGUUCAUUCAAUCAAAGUGGGCACCACCUCAUCCAUCAUCAUCAACAUCAGCAUCAUUCCCUGUCAACAACAAUAACAAUGAUAUCAAGCAGCAUCAACAACAACAUCAACCAAUCGAUCAACAAUCUACAGAGCACACAACUGAUGUUGCUGCUGCCGCUGCUGCAGUGUCUGAUAGUUUAGAACAUCAGAUAGAGCACGCAGAGAAGGUAAUCUCUGACUACUUUCAUAUUAAACCAAAGAGACUCAAUGAGAUACUCUUGUUGUUGGGUGGUGCCUCACUUGUGUCCUUUGCCUUUCGAACAAUGAUCUUUGGCAAGACAAUUAGAGCGAUUGAGAUUCCAGAUGGUAAUCUUACUACCAUUGUACUACGUGCAAAUCGUGUCAGCUCCCUAAAGAAGACUAUACUACAACAUCAACCACCAAUAUACCCUGGAGUUCACCUUGAUGUGGCGGAUAUCAAGGCCAGUGCAUUCAUCGAUCCCAACUUCACAGAACCAAUCCUAACAAAUAGACAUGUCAGAUUGAUUGAUGAUGGUGGAUACGUCAUUUGGACAAAGGCCGACUUUGAGAUACCAAGACAAUCGGUGGCACUAAAGGCCCUGAUAAAGGAUCGUGAACUAUUCAUGAGAUAUAGCCAGAAUGCAGAGAUUGACAGGAUCAUUAAGUUGAUAUCACUGUUUGGUCCACCUCUGAGCGAUUAUAAACCAUCGGGUAGUGGCAGCAAGUCAACCAACAACAGUCAACAUACAUCAUCAUCAUCUUCUUCUUCAUCCCCAUAUUCUUGGCGCAACAUCUUUAAGACACCGAUGCCAACCGAUCAGGAACUGUUGGAGCACGAUCCUUCAGGGCCACUCUCACAAGAGAUCAGAGAUGAACUGAUAUCACGUCUGUUGCUGAAUGACAAGGCAGAUGACAUUGUACAACUAUAUCGAAAACAUCAAGAUGAUAUAUUGAUGUUCAAACAACAACUGGUACAAUACUAUCUAGUGUCCAUGAAGAAGAGGCAAGAAAAGGCAGUUAAGAGUCAACAACAACAGAGUAAAUGA